GUGGCAGAGUGCCCGUUGCCACGACAGUAUAGCGUAAGGCGGCACGUGACGCGACGCAACGCGACGCGACGUGCUACGUCUGUCGAAUUGUCGGUUUUCCCGAAAAAAAAAGAGCUCCUUUCUCGCGGGGAGACAAAAAAGUACGAGCCGACCUCGCGGGUGUGCGUUCACGCGGAAAAAUAAUGAGUGUUCGCGAGCGUCGGUCACUCGGAUCACUUAUGAAAGCUUGGUGGACGCGUUAAAAAAAUCAGAGUGCCACCUGGAGGGGCCUUCGCCGAUUUAGCGGGAUUGGAAUUCGAGUCUGGACCCUUCCAGGUCGCAUCGGCAUGGCGGGCAUAGCGGCCGCCGGUCUCGAGGUGCACGAGGCGGGCCGGGCGUUGCGCGUGCAAACGGAAGCACCGCAUCUCGUCUCCAUGGGAAGCGGACGACUGUCGACGGCCGUGACUUUGCAUCCUCUGCCCGAAGGUAAGAUCACAUUGGGAUCAAACCGAGAUGCGGAUAUUUUGGUGGCCGGCACCGGCGUCGAGCCCGUACAUUGCGCGAUCGAGAACAAUAGCGGCGUGGUCACUCUUCAUCCCAUAAAUGGAAACACGUCUGUCGAUGGUGUAUUGAUAAAUUCGCCGGUGAAACUCGCGCAAGGUUGCAUGCUAUCAAUAGGUCGAUCGACCUACAUGCGCUUCAAUCAUCCGGCCGAAGCGAAGCAUCUACGAUCCGUCUUUCCCCACUCGAGAAUCUCAAUGGCGCCGAUAAGCUUCGCCCUGCCUGACAACCAGCCGCAGGAGAAUCAUCACUUGGAGAGAAAGCCGCCGGUCGCGCCGCGGAAAUCACCCAGGAACUCUUGCUCCGACGAUGAGAUUGGUUUUCUAGGCAAGCUGACCAAGUUCGAAAUGCUGUCGAAGCAGAACAGAACCAACUGCGUCUCGCCGAAGGUCUUCCCCGCCGGUGCUCUCACGACAAACGUGCCGGCCGACCAGAUCCUUGGUCACUCGCGAUCGUCGAGUCUCGUGUCCUUGACGAAAUGUUCGGCGAACGGUGGCAGCGCCGGCAACAACGGAAAUAUCGACUGCGCCUCGCAAAACUCGACGGCUCACCACGACGAGGCUCGCCAACGAUCGGACGCGCGACUCGGAACGCCGACUCGGUUGAACGCGACCGAUUUGCAGUGCCAGAAUCACAAUCAGAUCAGAAUGUACACGGCGGAAACGUACCUGAAGGCGUGCAAGCCGUAUUAUCGCGAAAGCAACAAUAGAAACGCGAGAUCGCCGUCUUUUGGAAUGGCGGCUCCGAAAAUCGUCGCCGCGCAGAGCGGCGAUCUAAUGUCUCAAAGUAUGAUCUGCCAGAGUUCAAACGAGUUCGAUCAUCUUGCCGACCAGAGUUUCGAUAUGAGCCAGAGUCUGAUCGUCACGAAAACCACCACCACGGAGUUUCUACAGCUGGAGAAGUACGGAUCGAAUCCCAGUAUCGACGGAGACGCUAACGCUGGCGUCGCGAGGGGGCCCAUCGCUUACGGUUUCGGCUCGAAUCCGAAUAUCAAGCGAAUCCAGCCACCGAGCCCGGCGUUCAAUCGCAAUCCGAGAUACAGCGAACAAAAGAGAGUUUACGCGAGGGUUAAGAGCCCUACGCCGAGCGUCGGCAGCAAUUGCUCCCUCGAGGAGUUGCGGGAAAGGCAGGCCGACGCGGAGAACAAACGCAGGGAGGCGGAGACGAAGCGGAAACAAGCACAGGAAGAGAGGUUGAGGGAGCAAGAGGUCGAGAGGCAGGAGAAAAUGAGACUCGAGGAGAUCUUGGCGAUGUGCGCUGAAUACGAAAGACAAAGCACUGUCGAAAAGCCGAGGCAGCCCAACCGGAUUAUAACAAACGGAUCUCUUCCACGGGACAAGAGAAUUCUCGGCUACACCUCUCCUUUCGACAGUCCGAAAAGCCCGUCGAAAAACCAACCGCAUUUUUCCUUCGACGCCGGCAAGCAGUGGGGCGGUGCUUCGUACGAGAACGUGUGUGCGCAAAAUUCGAAAAUCACUUUCCAAAAUGGCAGCUCGCCCGUCACUCGCAAGGAUCAGUCCGCUCAAGUCGAAAAUCAUUCGCAUGCCGUUCCCGUGGGAUCGCCACGCGCCACCACGCCGAACGGUAACAAAUCGGCAAAGUACUCUAAUGCUCACGGUAGCAGCCACAGUUUCUCGGGCUCGAUCUCGCAGGCCCGUAGCGACAAUUACGAGAACGUUAUCGUCGGCGACAGGAGCAACGGAGGCCACCACGCCGACAGAACGGAGAAUUACAUGCAGACUGAUGACGAUACCAAAGGCUCACCGUCCACAUACGGCACGAUUCGACUGAACGGUACGAAAAUUGAAUCGAAACGACAAGCGGCGCAGAAUGGGAGCGCGAGUAUUUACGAAAACAUCGUCGUGCUGUCGCCGACGCGGAACAACAGCCAGAAUCAUUCCAUGCCAAAGAAGAACGGCCAAUUGUCGAACUCGUGCGAGAUGAUAGAGAACAAGCUGGCCAUAUCGAACGAUGAUCUCCUCGAAGCGAUCGAACAGCUGUCCAUGCUCUCCAAGUCCAAAGAUGUCUGCGUGACGCCUAAGCGAAACAAUUCCGAGAAGGACAACGCCAAGUCCAACGAGGCGAAGGCCGACAAGGAGAGGAAGCAGCUGGAGGAGGAAGACAGGAAGAAGUACAUAGAGUUCCUGCAGAACGAGAAGCUGCACAUUCUCGGCAACAUGGACGUUCUGAAAAGGAGCGUCGCCGAAAUUGAAAUCCAAGAGGAAGAGAUCAAUAGAGAGCUCGAAUUGGAGAAAGCGCUUUUAUCCGCGGAAUAUGAAUCGGAAUCCCUGAAGCUCUCGCAGGAUGAAGGCGAGAAGAUAAGGGUGCAAAUGCGAAUAAACGAUCUGGAGAGAGAAAUGGCAGAGGACAACGCGACUCAUUCGAAUUUACAAGCUGAGGCAAAGCAACGCGUGCAAAGAGCGCAGCAAAUUUGCGCUCGAUUGGACGAACAAUUGAACAGUUGCGCGGAUGAGACCGCGCAGCAGGAUAUUGCCAACAAAUUAGCAGCGCAGCAAGACGUCCUCGAGAGCGAAAGGAAAUCUUUCGAAGACUUGGAGUUUCAUCAUCUCGAGGAAGAGGCGAGCAAAUUGGCCACGAGAGAAGAGCUGCAGAGAUAUUUGAGCGAGCUUACGAGCAAGAUCGAAAGCAGAAAAUUGCAAAUGAGUCACUUGGAAUCGCAGCGGUCCGAGGCGAAGAAUACGGCGACCAAAGAAGCUAGAUGUCUCGAGAGACAGAAACUGGGACAUUUGAAGCGAUUGGAAGAAGCUCGAAAUCGGGUACGAGAAAUAAACGAGGAGCUCGACUAUCUAGCGCAAAAUUCUGCCGAGUGUUCCGACGAGAAACGCUCUCCGAGCAGAGAGGACUUUGACAGAAUCUCUAGAGUGACCACUGAUUCCCCUAUUGUAAACAAUCAAGGUAGUUUGGGAAGGAAGACGAUUGAGUCCUUGAAAGAAAUCGAGAGAAACCGGCAGCUUCACUUAGCCAAACAAGGGAGUCAAGUAAUCUCGGAGGAAAGGCGCAGAGUCGAAGAAUUAAAGAGGCGCGUGCAGGAUGAAGUCCGCUCGCAGUGGGAAGAGAGAAAAAUGAACUGUGCGUCUUUCAACAGCAUUGAAUCCGGCGAAGAGUCUUCCAGUUAUUCCACCGGACCGACAGAAUGUGGUAGCGGAAGCAGCGACGGCGCGGAAGGCGGAAACGGCGAAAAAUUAUCCCCCAGCAAGUUUUCGGAAGUUACUUCACCCAGCCCGGGACCAUCAAAUCAUUCUUAUAGUUUGCUUCAAAAUGAUAACAUGAGAGACGACAGGAGAACAUCGAUGGAAGGUGAGAGACUUAGCGACAAUAGCGGCGGGGGCGGAGGCGGUGGUAUCAUCGAUGGAAACAGUAGUCGCCCCCUUUCUCAGACAUCCAGCGAGAUGGACACUCUUGGACCACUGCAACCUGUUAAACAUCGCGAAAAGGCAAAACUCCAGAGGCCACUCACGAGAUAUCUUCCCAUCAAAUCGGAAUCUCUAGAUCUAAGGCAUCACAUAGAAACUGCCGGGCAUCAGUUGCCUCUGAUUUAUGAUGUUACGGUCGACACGACAAGUUGCAGUGGCUAUUUAUCGAAGAUGAGCAAAAAAUUCCACCAUUGGAACAAGCGAUGGUUCGUAUUUGAUCGCAAGCGGAAGACGCUGUCUUAUUACAGCGACAACACGUCCAGAAAGGCCCGCGGCGUAAUUUAUUUCCAGUCAAUCGAAGAAGUUUAUUUGGACCAUAUGAAUACCGUCCGAUCGCCGCACCCUUCUCUCACCUUCAUCGUCAAGACUUCAUCUAGACUCUACCAUCUCAUGGCACCCAGCCCAGAAGCUAUGCGUGUUUGGGUCGACGUUGUAUUCACAGGAGCAGAAGGAUAUCACGAAUUCGACCACGGUGUUUGAUAACAAAUCAUUUAUGAAGCGAACCGAAUUUAUUGUCCACAAUCGAAUUCUCGAAUUCGAUGAACAAGGAUAUAGCGAUUUCUGGUCCUUGACAAUUUUAAUGAGAUUCUUAUGUGAAGAAGUACAUCUAAAAUAAGGACAGUUUUUCGACUAAAAACGAAAUAGGAAUCGAGAAUAGAUUAUUUUUCUGGAUUCUAAUAUAUCUUAAGGGGAGAAGUUUAAAUAAUUUUGCUGUAAUAUAGGAAACUUGUCUCCGUAUUAGGCAUGUCUUUAUAUUAAAAAGCAUUUUUACGUAUGAUAUCUUACGUAUGAUAUCUCGUGAGGGACAUGCAUACUUUAACUUGAAGAAGAAAGAAGAAGAAAAUUUGAGGAUUGAACCGCUUUUGAAAUAAGAAAAGCAGCUGAGUUCGAAAAAAUGCGUAAGCUAUUUAUAUAAUAAGAAAUACUUUAGUAAAUAUUGGAUAUUGUAAAUUUCAAAGUUUAAACUAAUCAAUACUUUAUACAAUUUAUGCAAUAACGAAUUAAAAUUAUUUUUUAUUUCUGGCCUAUUUUGUAUUUUCGGCCGAUAUUUUAAUCCGGGAUCACUUUUGCGAGAAUGCCAUACGCUUAUCCGCGAUAGCGAAAGAACUCUGCAAGAAAGAAUUGAAUGAAAAGAUACUGGUAGUUAUUCAUUCUGUUAAUUAUCUUAUCUUAAUAAUCAUAGAGAUCAAAAUUCUCAAGAUUAAUUUUGCAGGAUGAAGUGUUUUAAUUCGUCAAUACUUUGCAGAAAAGCGGCGGAUCUCGACACAAGAUAUUUGAAAAAUUAUUUCAAUUUUCAGUAUUUGAAGUGUGUAUAAGUUAAAAUAACUUGUAGUAUUUAGCAGAUAUUUUUCAAAAUUAUUAAACUAUUGCAAUCAUCUUUGUUUUACAUCUUGAAAAAUAUACAAAUUUUCUGAAUUGUAAAAAUAUAUAUAAUAUAGAAUGUAUAUUUUUGAUAAAAUAAAUAGAUGAGAAAGAUAAUUUAUAAAAGAAAUACGAACGGGAAGGCUUGGGAAUUUUAAUCUUGUUGAAAGAAAACGUUGUAUUUUUGGAGUGUUCAAGACAUAAAUCUUAAUCUUUUAAUGUCACUUCAAACACUGAACUCUUUAAGCUAUUUAAAGGAGUGGGCAUUAAUAGUAUGUCAUACGCAAGUAUUAUUCAUUAACAUCUAGAUUAAUUAUAGACGGAUUUUUAUCAGUCUAAGUAGAUAAGUGUUAUUAGGGUUUGUUAAAUUUUAUAAAUACUUCUAAUCUAGUCUUCCAGCCUAUAAAUAUACAAGAUUUGUGGAAAGUUACAGAAUAGUAACCGAAUUAUAAGGAACUUUUACUUUUAAAAAUCUGUAUGCGUUUCAAGAAUGCAGGAAAAAUGCCAAUGCUUGUAAAUAUAACAAGUAAUUAUGUCAGUAUAUUAUGAUGUGUGAAAUUCAUAUUUUGAUAUCAUGCCAUAAAUAUACCAAGGAUUUUAAAUGAAAUAAGACUUUUUACAAUUUUAUAAAGUCGAUAUCUGUCUUAUACUGAUAAUCUUAUUUUACGUAAGUAUUAAAAACAUAGAUAUUCUUAUUACAUUUAUGCAAUGCACAUAUUGAAAUAAAUGCGCACCUGAUCUGGCAUGGAUUUACAAAUAUGUAUAUCGCUAGAACAUUACUUCGUCUAUAUAUCACGUAAAAUUUUUGUUUAAAAAAUUAUGUAAAAAAAUAAACAAUCAAUAAUUAGAUAGUAA